GAACACCUAGCAACACCGAACAUUAUUUUCUUGGCAAAACAAAGUUUUAUUGUAUUUAUAGGUUUUCACUCAUUAUUAAAUUAUGAAAUUCUGAAUUGAUGAGGGUAAUCAAUUUCACUGAAUCUAAAAAUAGCCAUGGUUUUUGGUUGUAAUUUCAAGAAUGCAGAUUAUUUUAAAUUAUAUAUUCAACCGUCGUCGUGUACCUUUCAUUUGAUGGUUCAAGAGAGAAGAAGAAAUGAAUUUUGACCAGUUAUUAACUGAACAUAUAGGAGAGAUCGGACCAUAUCAAAUAUGGAUUCUAAUUAUACUAGCUUCACUGUCGACAGCAGGAUCUAUGGUAAACGUAAAUAUUGUCUUUCUGGCCGCAGUUCCAGAACAUCAUUGUUAUGUCCCCGAACUUUGGAAUUCAACGCUUAAUUUAACGAUUGAUAAAAUACGAACUUUAAGUGUACCAUUGGACCCUGAAAAUGGGGGCUAUCAAAAAUGUCAUAUGUAUAAUCGAGACUACGCAAACUUGUCACUGUCAGCGGUGGAGGCCUGGGAUGUAAAUGGGUCAGAUGUAGGACUGACGCCGUGCAAACAAUGGUACUAUGACAAAUCUCGAUAUUCAACUACCAUUGUUUCUCAGUGGGAUCUGGUAUGCGACAAAAAGUGGAUGGUUGCCUUUGUCCAGUCCAUCUUCUUAGCUGGCGCCCUUGUUGGAGCCGUUCUAUCAGGUCAAAUAUCAGACAGAUUCGGGCGAAAGUAUACCACGAUUGCUGCGAUGGUACUCACUCUUACCUCAUCCAUAGGUUUGGCCUUUUCACCUAACUUUAGUGUGUUUGCAGUAUUAAGGUUUUGUCUUGGUGUAUUCAGCGUUGCAGGAUUUACCGUUGGCUUCGUUUUCAAUAUGGAAAUCGUUGGUCCGUCAUGGCGAAAUACUGCUGGUCUCUCAGUUCAAUAUGCAUGGGCCUCAGGUUACUUUGUUAUAGCAGCAGUGGCCUAUUUCAUCAGGGACUGGUCGACAUUACAGUUAGUUUUAUGUAUUCCGAUAGCAGUACAGUGCAUACUUGUUUUUUUUAUCCCAGAAUCUCCUCGAUGGUUGUACGCAACACACAAGUCCAAGAGAGCACAAGCAGUUGUCAAAGCGUUCGCUAAAUCGAAUAAAAGGGAACUUCCUGAAAAACUAUUAGAUGAAAUAUCGGAGGAGACAAAUAAGAGACGCAGUGGUGGUAGUAAUAUAUUUAGUCUAUUCCGGGGAUCUCGUCUGAGAAAAAGAACACUGGCAAUGUGCUAUGCCUGGGUUGUCUGUUCGUUUGUUUACUACGGAUUGUCUUUGUCAUCGUCAUCACUGGGCGGUGACCCAUUCAUCAACUUCCUCAUCUCUGGAGGAAUCGAAAUACCUGCAUAUUUAUUCACCCAUAUUUGCUUCUGGAAAGUUGGGCGCAGAUAUCCACUAAGUUUUGUGUUUUUCUUUGGUGGGGUGGCGCUGUUCUGUUUACUAGCCAUACCAAGGCAUAUGACAACGGUGACAAUAGUUGUAUCGAUGUCCGCAAAAUUCCUAAUAUCUGCUGGGUUUGGUAUGGUGUACAACUAUGGUGCCGAGGUGUUUCCAACUCAGAUUCGUAAUUUAGGAGUGGGCACUUCAUCAACUUGCUCAAGAAUCGGUGGAAUUAUAGCUCCUUAUGUAUCGCUUUUGGGAACGUUUAGCAGAUUCGCCCCGAGCAUUUUCUUCGGUCUCGUGUCACUCUUGGGUGGUUUUAUUGUGUUACUUCUACCAGAGACUCGGGACAGGCCCCUUCCUGAAACUCUAGAGGACGCUGAACGGUUCAGCAAAUUCAAACCCAAGCGGAAUGACUUGAAUGAAGAAAAUGGUGUGUCCAUGGUGCCUCUAAGAAGUUCGGAGUAUGCCUCGUGUUAUGACGACGACAAACACGUUUAA